GGGGAAAGCGCAGCUUGACGAUUUUCGCCACACACGAGUUGUGAACGCGCGAUGGCGAGCUUCACCCUUUCUUUGUCAAUUUCCAUCCUUUGUCAGUUGCUUCACCGGCCAUGUUGGCUGCGCACUUCACGAUAGUGACAGUCGAACAUCAUUAUCACAAUUCUUAUGCUAUCAGCUUUUCAUAGCCCACGAGGGCAACUUUAUGUUGCCCUCUCCUCAGUCCUGAUCCUCGCCAUAUUCGCCUGGACCUGGUUUCUUUCUUCUUACCGAGUAGACGUUCAUGAGACGCUCUCACAUGUGUCAAACAUUCCAGCAGCAGGAAUCUUCUCACAGCCCAAAGAAAUCACAUACCGAGAUGCACUUCAAGCACUAUAUCGACCAAUGCGUAUACCAAUCAAGGCAGAACAGUUCAUAGAUUCUGUUGACGGAACUAUAUACCCCAUCAAUAACUCCGCUCCGAGUUGGUCGAGCCCUCUUGGCAAGGAGAUAUGCAUUGUUGACAUUGAUACCCGUGCCUUGGACGAAGAGAAUCACCUUUUUAACGAGUGGUUUAAUUGGCAACAGCUGGAUGGAGUCUCGAACGGCAUGUUAAACCACUACAUUUAUGCUUCUAUUCAUGGCUACGACUACAGAUUCAUCAACCCUACAACUUGGCCAAACGGAGCGCGUGAUAAUGUGUGGACAAAAGUGCCAGCUUUGCGUGAAAUUCUUAAAGACUAUCGUAUAGUUCUUAUGAUCGAUGCGGACGCAAUCUUCAGGCAUCUCCACCUGCCGUUCGAGUGGUUGCUCAAUAGAUGGAACUUCACAGCCGAGACCUCUAUUGCUAUGCCUUGGGACGUUGAAUUUAACGUCAAUGAUGAGGGGUGGAAAUGGCCGAUGGGUUACACAAGCAACAACAAGGGCGAUCUCAACCCAAAUGCUGGGGUUGUUAUCGCACAAAACUUACCCCGAACAUUCGAGAUUCUAGAUUCCUGGAUCUCAUGUCCAGACAAUCCCGACUUUGAAGACUGCGCAAGGUUCCAUCAUGGAUGGCCAGCCGAGCAAGGUGCAUUUGGAGAAUUCGUGCGUUACAAGUACAAUCUGUCCACAGAUUUCAACGGUUUCAGUUGCGACGACGCGAAUGGAUUCCCAAGUCAGAGGACUGAAUGUCAGGGCAGAUUCAUUAGGCAUUUCACGACCGGGAAGGACCAGCUAAAGUCUGGAGUCGGUGAUGCUAUGCUACAAACGUUUAUGGCACGUACGCAGCAUGAAAUGGUGACGAACCAGGGUAUAAUCGUGCGUAAAAACUCCAGUGAAAUCAUUGAGGAAAAGUAUUGGCAUUAUAUAGAGCCGGACAAAGAAGACAAGGAUAAAGAUGAUGGAAAAGAGGAGGACGAGUAUAAGAAAAUUAAAGAUGAAUCCCAAAUUGAGAAAGAAGAAGAUCUUGAAAAUGAGAAGGGGCAAUUAGAAGAUGAAGUUACGGACGAAAGUAGGCACAGUAAAGGCGCUGAGGAUGUUGGAAAACACCAGAAUGAGCUGAAGGAAGACAAGGUAUCGCAGGAUGAAGCUUCUGAUGACAUGGAUGAAACCACGACAGUAGGCUCUUCUAAGGCCGUCUCUUUUAAGACAGGUUUGUUCAAGAUUGUCCCCCCAAAGAUUGUGCUUUGAAUAAUGAGAUACCGUAAACUUUUCCACUGUGUUCAUGGAUACCACAUAGAAGACAAGUCAAAGCUGUCACGUAUAUUCCAAAUCACCUUCACGUGCUAUUCCCGUAACAAAUUUCUAAUAAAAAUCUAGUAAUUUUUAUAAUUUUUUUAUAAUUAUUGUAACUGCUUUCUAUAAUAUUCCAUUUAUUAGAG